AAAACCAAAAAAAAAACCAACAACAACGACAACAACAAACAAACAAACAAACACCAUGUGGAGGAGAAGACUCACUGCUCAGCUCCACAGAUUCGCCGCCGCCGGCCUCUCCUCUUCGCCGUCUUCGUCACCGUUCCGGCCAUCAGUCACUCUCUUAUCUGCUUCCGAUUCCGCUACAAAGGCAGCUGGAUCCUUUAACCACCAUGGGAUGCGAUACUCAACUACAGUGCCAAAUGAUCCUGACACACAUGAGGACUUCAUGCCCACUAAUAAGCUUCAGAAUUCUGACCUUUCUUUGAAGGACAUUGUUGAGCAGGAUGUCAAUGGCAACCCUGUGAUGAUUUACAUGAAAGGAGUGCCUGAUCUUCCUCGGUGUGGAUUCAGCUCAUUAGCAGUGAGAGUGUUGAAAGAAUAUAAUGUUCCUUUGAGUGCCAGAAACAUAUUGGAAGACCCUGAGCUUAAGAAUGCUGUCAAAUCAUUCAGCAACUGGCCCACGUUUCCACAGAUAUUCAUCAAGGGGGAGUUUGUUGGAGGAUCAGACAUCAUUCUCAACAUGCACCAGACUGGCGAGUUGAAGGAAAUGCUUAAAGAUAUUGCAGCCAACCAGGAGAAUUAAGAGUAAG